AUGGCGUCCCGCCGCGGGUUCUUCUCCUUUGACCCUUUCGACUCCUUCGACCCCUUCGACUUCUUCACCGCCCCGCAGCAGACCGCGAGCGCCGCCGGCGGUGCAUCCAGAUCCACUCGACCUCGCUUUAUCGACGACCUCUUCCCGUUCGCCAGGCCCGCCGAGCCUCCCAUCGAGGUGCUGAGGCCGCGGGCGCCAGCGACCCGCAAGAGCCGCGAGCCCGCGGAGAGGCCGGUGUCGAUCCCGAUCCGCGUCGACGGCCCCGACACGGCGCCGAAGCGGGCGCCGAAGCAGCGCGCUGAUGAGCCGGCGGCGAGGGCGGCCGGGCCCGGGAAGCGCGACGCGCCGUCGGCGGAGGCGGCGGCCGUGAGGGUGCAGGCGGCGGCGCGCGGGUUCCUGGCGAGGAGGUGGGUGCGGGCGGUGCGCCAGGUGGAGCGGGAGGCGGAGGCCGUGGGGAGGAUCGUGGGCGAGAAGGAGGAGGCGCUGCGCGGGAGCAGCAGGGCGAGGGCCGCCGCCGCGGAGGUGCUGAUGAAGAUGCUGCUGCGGCUCGACGCGGUACGCGGCGCCAGGGAGUACCGGAGGAGGGUCACCAGGCGGGUACUCGCGCUGCAGGACGCCGUCGACGCACUCGAGCAGCCGUCCAAGGCGGCGCCGGAGGAGCCGGAGGAGGAGGCACAGGCUGAGGCGGCGGCCAGCGAGGUUGCGGAGGAUUCCGUCGACGCCCCCGUGACCAAGGCCAUGGAACUGGAAGUGGUGGCAGAGGAGGCAGAGGCCGCCGGGGCUGAGGCAAGCGUCGUGGAGACCGGGGAGCCGACGGAGCGCUCUGACGCCGACGCCGCGGAAGACACCAGCGUGAUCGACCUGAAGGCUGCCUCCGAAGCGACGGAGGCCGAACUGGCGUCGGACGCUGCGAAUCUUGACGACGGCAAGCGUGAUUGUUGCGAUGCCGACUGGGAGAUCGUGGCGGAGGAAACCACAGAGGCAGAGCCCGAGGCGGCCGCAUCCCCCGACAAGGCAGCGCCGCGCCAAGAACCGGCUGGCCAGGAGAUGACGAGGGCGGCCGAUGCCAGUGCGGCCUGCGUCGUGGACACGGGGAAGGUGAUGGAGAUGGUGGCGGCGCUGUGCGAGCAGAACGCGCAGCAGCGCGCGGUGAUCACCGCCCUGGCGGCGCGCGUGGACGCGCUGGAGCGAACCGUGCGGCGGAUGGAGGACGCCGAGCGUCGGGCCGAGAAGCCGAGCGGAGAGGCCGGGGAAGCAACAACGCCAAGUUCUGCAGCGGUCUAA